AUGGCCGACGAUGCCGGUGGCGCUCCCGUCGGGGGCCAUACCGAGACCCACGCGGCUACCGGUGAAGCAGCUCCCCACGCCGGCGGCGACGAACACCACAAGGGUGACGCGAAUCACGUUCAAGACACAGCGUACCCCAUGUCCCCGCGACGGACGACCAUGACACCGAAUCCCUUCAGCCGGAAAAACACGAGUCUUGACCUCGACGACUACUUCGUAGGUCCUCGAGACAUCGCGAAGCAUUCGAAAUGGCCCCUGUUCCUGCAGAUGCACGGCAGCAUUCUCCCCAAGAUGAUUGUUCCUGUCAUUGUUGUUGCCGCCUGGGCGUCCUUGAUCACAGCCAUAUCGUUGAAGGUUCCCGGCGUGAACCUCGGCAUCAGUUCCAUCCUCCUCACAAUCACUGGUUUCGUCGUUGGUCUGGGCCUGUCUUUCCGCAGUUCCACGGCAUACGAGCGUUAUGCAGAGGGCAGACGGUAUUGGGGCCAGCUCAUCCUUACCUGUCAGUCCCUUGGCCGGGUCUACUGGCUGCACGCCGUCGAACGUCCCGAAACCAGCAAGAAGGAUUUGCUCGCAAAAUUGACUGCUAUGAAUCUGCUCAUAGCCUUCGCCGUUUCCCUCAAGCACAAGCUACGAUUCGAACCCUACACAUACUACGACGACCUCGUGGAUCUGAUCGACCACCUCGACACGUUCGCCAAGUCGGCAACCGAGGACAACCUCGUCAAGCCGAAAGGUCACAAGAUGUUCAAGGCUGUGGGGGAGAACCUGGGCCUUAGUUUCGCAACUUCGAACCCACGCAAGUUGAUGAAGCGCGCCGAGAGCCCGCUGGGCAAUCUGCCCCUCGAGAUACUGUGCUAUCUGACAGCCUACACGGAUGAGCUCGCUGCCAACGGGCAGCUCCCUGUGGGCAUGCAGCAGACGGCUGCCUACAAUGGCCUCCAGUCGCUCAACGACGUCAUGGUGAACACAGAGCGUGUCUUGAACACGCCACUCCCCAUCGCAUAUGCCAUUGCCAUCUCGCAGAUCACGUGGCUCUACGUGUUCCUGCUGCCCUUCCAGCUCAUCUCGUCCUUGGACUGGAAAACCAUCCCGGCCGUGGUGGCAGCUUCGUAUAUCAUCCUGAGUAUCUACUUCAUUGGCCAUGAGAUCGAAAACCCCUUUGGUAACGAUGUCAACGAUCUGCCGCUGGAACUCUUCUGCCAGCAGAUUGUCGAAGACAUGGAAACCAUCGCAGCACGGCCGAAAGCCCGGAUCACCGAGUUCGUCGAGAGCGCGAGGAACAAAGUCAUGUAUCCGUACAGCGACAGCAGUUUCGGCAUCUGGGAGCAGCGUCCCGAGUCCGCAAUUCGCGCGGCCUUGCGAAACCGGCCGCAUGCGGGCUUCGAUAGAAGAACGUCGCAUGGUGAAAAGGGGGCCCAGAACGUGUAG